CAUCUCUCACGCCCUUUAGGUAAGCCCACCCGGCAAACAGCACCUGAGCUGCACCUCCGCCACAAAAACCCUCGUCUAGGGUUUGGGUUUUUCCUCCGAUAGUUUGUCAUUUUUCCAGAGGGUUUUACUUCCACUCCUAUUCCCGAGGUAUUCUUUUUAAGUAUUUUCCGUGCAAUACGAGAAAUUUGUAUUUGGAUCUAGAUCUGUGAGCUGUGCCAAUGGAUACUCGCAAGAGAGGGAGGCCUGAAGCUGGGUUGAACGCUAAUGGUGGCUUCAAGAAGUUCAAGCAAGAAAUGGACUCAACUGGUGUAGGAAGCAAAUCGAAGCCAUGCACCAAGUUUUUCAGUACCGCUGGCUGUCCCUUUGGUGAGAGUUGCCACUUCCUUCACUAUGUUGCUGGCGGUUAUAAUGCUGUGGCCCACAUGAUGAAUUUGGCCCCUGCUGUUCCUGCGGCAUCUAGAAACAUGGCGGGGCCACCAACUAUCCAAAAUGGCUCUGCCCCUUCAGUUAAAACCCGAAUGUGCAACAAGUAUAAUACUGCCGAAGGCUGUAAGUUUGGUGACAAAUGCCAUUUUGCUCAUAAUGAGUGGGAACUUGGUAAGCCUAUUGCUCCAUCCCAUGAAGAUCCACGCUCCAUGGGAACUAUUCCCGGUCGUAUGGGUGGUCGUAUGGAGCCACCCCCACCAGGCCCUGCUGCUAGCUUUGGUGCUUCAGCUACAGCGAAAAUCAGUGUUGAUGCUUCCCUUGCUGGAGCAAUAAUUGGGAAGGGUGGUGUGAAUUCCAAGCAGAUAUGUCGCCAGACAGGAGCCAAGCUUUCGAUUAGAGAACACGAGUCUGAUCCCAAUCUCAGGAACAUUGAACUUGAGGGGACGUUUGAACAGAUAAAGGAGGCUAGUGCCAUGGUGAGACAGCUAAUCGUGACUGUUUCUGUGUCUGGCCCUCCAAAAACCCAUGGAAUGACUGGAGCUGCAGCUCCAGCGGGAAGCAACUUUAAGACUAAGCUGUGUGAGAAUUUUAGUAAAGGAUCGUGCACCUUUGGAGAAAGAUGUCACUUUGCCCAUGGUGCUGCUGAACUGCGGAAAUCAGGGGUGUGAAGACUGGUUUCCCCUGAUUAGUUCAUUGCACAAGUUGUCAUGCGGUCUUGUUUUAGUGGGGAGGUAUGUUUUGGAUUGUCGCCAAUGCAAUACAACGCAGUGGAUUGAUGAGAUUAUGACAUCCGAGUUUUUGGGAUUCUUGUUUGUUUCAGGAGCUAUUCUUAGCUUUCUUAACCAUAAUUUAGCUUAUAAAAGUAGAUUUUUUUUUUU